UGUAAAGCUUCCAAUGACACUGCCCCUGCUGUAUAAAUACCAACACUACCCUCAGUACAGCAGUUCAGGAACCUGGAAAUGAUUUUAAAGGAUCUCCUUCUCCUGCUUUUUGUGCUGUCAUUAGCACAGGCAACCUCACCUCAACAUAUUAACCAUCCCAAGUUUCUGCACCUCGACUGGCCAGCAGAUUGUGGGGUCGCAUUUUUCCAACAAAACACUGCUGGGAGAAUUGUGUCUGGGAAUGAAGUACGCCCGUUCUCCUGGCCAUGGCAGGUUUCCUUGCAGGUUCGGGCUAGGGGAAGUAAGAAAUUUGUUCAUGUCUGCGGUGGGACGCUCAUUCACAAAAAUUGGGUCCUCACUGCGGCCCACUGCUUUCAGAAGGGGAAGGCAGAAGAUGCCACUAACUGGAGGAUCGUCCUUGGGAAGCAUAACCUCAACUGUACAGAACCUACGGAAAAAAUUUACGAUGUGAAGCGCAUAUACAGACAUGAACGUUUCCGCUACCCCCAUCUGAAUGAGCUGGACUAUGACAUUGCAUUAGUCAAGCCAGUAGGAGACAUACUGACCACCCACUUUAUACAGUAUGCCUGCCUUCCUAAGAAAGAACUGACUUUGCGCCCAGGGCAUUUUUGCUGGGUAACUGGAUGGGGAGAUACCAGAGGUGGAAAAGAGAACCUAACACUGUCAGAAGUACUGAACCAAGCUAAGCUGCCAAUCAUUGACACCAAAACAUGCAAACAGAAGAAAUUCUGGGGUGAUAGGAUUCGGGAGUCAAUGAUCUGUGCUGGCUUCCGUGACAUUGGAGGACCCCCUGCUGCCUGCCAGGGUGACUCUGGAGGGCCUCUUGUUUGUCAGAAUGGAAGAGAACGAUGGGAAGUUCAUGGUAUUGUCAGCUUUGGACCCAUUGGUUGCACAGUGGAGAACAAACCAAGUGUCUUUACUAAGACUUCGACAUAUAUUCCUUGGAUCGAGGCCACAAGGAUCCGUGAUUUCUUCCUACACUAAUGGAGCAAUUGGAAGAUCUAAGUCGGGCACCAGAUCAAAUCUUGGAUUGUAAAAAGGGAUUUAUGCUUAUUGUUCAUAGCAGGGACUAAUCAUAUAAAAAAAACAACUUGUGAUUAAACUAUAUUCAGCAAUGUUUAGUGUUGUGUGUGGUACAGAAGAUACUUGCAGAAAAAAGUGACUAUAUGAAGUUCAGUCUCCUAUCUUCGAGAGAGGCUAGAAUUGUACAGAUGUCUGGAUCUAAAAACUACUUAACUCCUACCUAGUUAUCAGUGCUAAGGAGUUUGUUUUACCACUUCUAUAAACAUAAAAGAGCAAGAACAUCUGGCAGACAUUAAAACCAUUGUUACUGGUGUUGUAGUGUUCCCUAUUCACAUGUAUUUAUAUAAUCUAAUGUUUAUAGCUACCCAAUAUUUGACAUAGCACAGUGUUGUAAAUGUCAUUAUCAGGAGCAAUUACUUUAACAUUAGCAUAAAUUUGUAUUUUAAAUCUGUCUACUUAAGUGCACAGAUGAUACCACAUCUGAAGAACUGUGAAAUAUUACAGAAAAUGCAACCCUGAAUAUGUUACAGGGGUAUUUUUCAAUGCUGGUCCACUACUGGUCAUGAUGAUAUUUAAAACGCACUUCGGAUAAGAAGACUUGAUGGAGCAUUUUAAUUUUUCAUGGAAAAGGUGGGUAAAAAAAGUCUUGGAUAAGAAAAAUAAAUUAUUGAGAAUAUAUAUGAAAAACAACACAUUAUGAUGUGGAGAGCUGAGCCUGUACAGACUUUAUAAAUGUUAUUAAUGUAUUAUCAUGAUCCCUAAUAUUUCCUAAUUGAAACAUUCCUCUCCAUCAUGAAUUGUAGGCUGCAUCCUUCUCAAGAGAGCCAUGACCAAUGAUAUAUAAAAAUAUCAUGAGUUUGGAUGUUUGCGAAUCAUAUCCUAGAAAGGAAUUGGACAAAAUCAGAUUUUCAUCCAACAUAACAUCACCACAUUUAUCACUUACCAUACUAAAAGAAAAAACUUGGAAUGGAAAGUAAAUUGUUCAAUAGAGUGAUUAUAUCAUAUCUUAAAGGGGCUAUCCCAUGAUUAAUGUAAAAAAUGAAAAUAAAAAAAUCGUAUAGUACAUGGCGA